AUGCUCCAGUGCGCCGGGUGCGAGCGGCCCAUCCUGGACAGGUUCCUGCUGAACGUGCUGGACCGCGCGUGGCACGCUAAAUGCGUCCAGUGCUGCGAAUGCAAGUGCAACUUAACGGAGAAAUGCUUCUCCAGAGAGGGCAGGCUUUACUGCAAAACAGACUUUUUUAGACGGUAUGGCACAAAGUGUGGAGGCUGCUCUCAGGUCAUCUCCCCUACUGACCUCGUCCGGAAAGCCAGAAGCAAAGUGUUUCACCUCAACUGCUUCACGUGCAUCAUAUGCAACAAGCAGCUGUCUACCGGUGAAGAGCUCUACAUCCUGGACGAGUCUAAAUUCGUUUGCAAAGAGGAUUACCUGAGCAACAGCAAUGGCAAAGACUCAAACCUGCUCUCCAUAACGACGUGCAGUGAGCCGAGUCUGUCUCCGGACUGUCAGGAACCGCAGGAUGAUGGGAAAGACUCGGAGGCUGGUCACCUUUCAGAUAAAGACACGUGCAGUAACGAGAACGACGAGCAGAGCGCCGGUGCAAAGCGACGCGGCCCGCGCACCACCAUCAAAGCCAAACAGCUCGAGACGCUCAAAGCGGCGUUCGCGGCCACGCCCAAGCCCACGAGGCACAUCCGGGAACAGCUCGCGCAGGAGACCGGCCUCAACAUGCGGGUCAUUCAGGUCUGGUUCCAGAACCGGCGCUCGAAGGAAAGACGUAUGAAGCAGUUGAGUGCACUGGGGGCGAGACGUCACGUGCUGUUCCGCAGCGCCAGGAGAAUGAGGGCUCUGGGGGAGCGAGUGGAACCCGCAGAGCUCAUGAUGCCCAAUGGCCACUUCUCUUAUUACGGAGAUUAUCAAGGUGAAUACUACGGACCAGGAGGCAACUAUGACUACUUCCCUCCAUCCGCCCAAGCCCAAACUCCUGGCGAUCUGGGGUAUGUUCCAUCUUCAGGCCCGGCAGGUACUCCGCUGGGCACCAUGGACCUUCACCAUUCUGGUCAUCACCCCUCCGGAGACAGCCAAUGUUUUGGCGAGAUGGUGCCACAGCAUCCGGGUGACUCCCCCAGCCCAGAGCACAGCAUCUCGGCAGACGUGAGCGGUGCAUUUACCUCGAUCAGCUCGCUUGCCGCUAACGGAUACAGCAGUCAGCUCUCUCAGCCUUCGUCAGAGAUAAGCGAAGGCACCGUGUGGUAG